AUGGCAACGCCGUGGAGGUCUCUGAGAAUUUCGGUCAACAAAGUAUUCAAAUCAAGUCCUUGUCGAUCAUCAAAUGUGCCGAGGCAAACUUUACCGGCUGCGGAAGUCGUUGAAGAAGAGUGCACUCCACAUUAUGAGCCAAACCACUUUUACCCUGUUCGCCUCUACGAGAUUCUCAACAACAGGUACCAAAUAACUGCCAAGCUUGGCUGGGGAGCCAGUUCAACAGUAUGGCUGGCUCGUGAUUUGAACCAACGGCGCUGGUGCCCAGCACGCUACGUUGCAGUCAAGAUCAAGGCGAAUAAUUAUUCAACAAAUAAAGACGCUGAAAGGGAACUUCGAAUCACUGAAAACAUUACGCGCGUAAAUUCACGACAUGUAGGCCGGAACUUUGUCAGCACGUUGCUCGAUUCCUUUAAUUUACCAAGUCCUCAUGGUACCCAUGUUUGCAUGGUGUUUAAUCCAUUGUGUGAGCCUCUAUGGAUGUUUAGACGGCGGUUUCAGGGGGAUGUGCUUCCAUUGGACGUUCUCAGACCUGUUGCCAAAUUGAUUCUGGAAGGGCUUGGCUAUCUCCACUCUGAAUGUCAGGUCGUUCAUACAGACUUGAAAUCCGACAAUGUUCUCAUGGCUCUCCGUGACCACUCCAUACUUGAUAGAGUGUCUCAGGUGAAGUAA